UAUUGUCUUACAUAGAAGGACUACUUUCUGACGACACAAAAUAGUUAAAACACAACAAGCGUACAAGAUCAACUUUACUGCUGGUGUGCUAUAUUAUCCAACAACACCAUACCAAAAAAAAAAAAAAAAACUACGACAGGCUGUCACGAUGGGAGCUAUUUACAAAUAUAAGAAGAUUUUUUUGUUUUUCCUGGCUUUUGCCUGUAUAAUGAUGACAGUACUAACAGGCCAAUGGUUUAUUUUUUCAAAAGUACCUAUUAAUAAGGGUUACAACGUAUCCGAGCAAAUGGAAAUACGACGAGUGCUCUCUAUAAAUCAGUGCAAAGACUCAACAAACAAGACAGUCGUGGACAUAGUCAGAAAAAAAAAAGAUACACUUUUUGGAUCCAAAAAUUUUCUGUACUGUCCAAUACCAAAGGUUGGGUCUACAACAUGGAAACAAAUACUCAUUCUACUGAAAAAUAAGUGUAAGAAAUGUACCAAUGUCAGAGAUGUGAAACGUGUACACGAUAUAUUAAACGACUACUGGGACUCUGACAAAUUCAGAAACAUGAAAAAAGUUUUAGAUCGAUCACAGAAAAUGAUAAUUGUACGAGAGCCCUAUUCCAGACUAUUAUCUGGGUAUAUCAAUAAGGUUUUUAUACCAGUUCGCUUGGUGUUUUGGGAAAAUACAUGGAAAUACGUUGAAAGGAAAAGGCCAGUGUCACAUAAAAAAUGUGUUGAUUUUACAUUUCCUGAAAUUGUUCGUUAUGUGAUAAAAGCCAUUAAAACAAAUACUAUGUACAACGCCCAUUUUGACACGAUGAGUAAUAUAUGUAAACCAUGUGAGAUUCGCUAUGAUUAUAUCCUGAAGAUGGAGACAUUUAAUGUAGAUACAAUGUAUAUGCUGAAAAAACUCAAUAGAUCUGAUGUGUACAAUGACACUGAUACACUAAAGCGUGACAGUAUUGUUGAUUCUAUAACCUGGGACAUUAACAACAUGUUUAGAAAAGAUACAGGCAAGUGUCAGUCAAAGCCUGAAAAAAUUAGACGUCUUUGGCGCAGUUUUCAAAUCAGUGGGUAUAUAGGAAAGAAUGUGAAGCUCCCCUUGAGUAAAAAGGCCGAAAAAAAUAUUAGUAAACAGGAAUUGCUUCAGAUUGUGAUUAAUGCAACAAAAAUAAAAAAUGCUAAUAACAAAGUGAACAAAAGACUAGCGUUAAUUGAGGCUUACAGUCAAGUUCCCUAUAGUGAUCUAGUACAACUGAGUGAAAUAUUUCAACAAGACUGUGAUAUCUUUGGAUAUGAUUGCAAACCUGAUAUUCUGUUUAACCGAACCAAAUAUCCCCCCUCUACCAAUUUCUUGGAUAUAUGGUCGACAUAACUUUUCCAGCUUGAAAAAGACACUUUUACAAUCUGACUGACAUAAUAUUGUUGUUAACUGAAUAAUCAUUUCGUUUUCUAUUUAUGUUUUCCGAAUUAUUUUUCAAGUUUCUUGUUAUUAUGUUUGAAAAUUCAGUAUAAAAAUGCCUAGAACUGUGAAC